AUGAGUGACGAGCGAUGGCAUGGGCAAUGUCGACUCGAAGCCCGAUUGUUUGGCCAGUUCGAUGGCAACAUUAACCCCGAAGCUGGCUACGCGAUGGUCCAAAUUCACAAUGAAUUGGAUUCCCGCCAAAAGCUCAAGACGCAUGCCGUGAUUGAGCUCACGCAGAUGGCCCAAGCCCAACGCGGACCCUGGGCCAAAGUCGUUGCCGCCAAGUUGCAAGAAGCAUGGUCAAAAAGAACAGUCCAACUUCAUGAUCAUAAGGUAUGGCUUUCAGACUGGGACGCCAGCAACGACAUUCAGAAACAGCCUGCGAACCUGGAAAAAAUAUUUUUCCAGCUUCAGAAUGGCCUGGCUGCUCCACAAGCUUCUCCAAGGUGA